AUGGCGAUGAAAGCGCUCUGUGUUGCGUUUUUCCGGGGGGGGGUUAUCAACUCAGCGUUUGGACACGGUUACAUCAAAAAUCCUGCUGCAAGAAACGCUUGUUGGCAGCAUGGCUUUCGGGAUUCCUGUGGUGAGGAAUGGACGAUGGAUGAGAAGAACUGUGGCGGGUUUGCUGCUCAGUGGAGAAAAAAUGGCGGUAAAUGUGGUGGGGGGGGGGAUCCCUACCACGACAAAAUACAGAAGUACGUAUAUCCAGGCUCUCACGCAUUUGGUACCAUUACACAGACUUAUCUUGAAGGACAAGAGAUAGAACUCGAGUUCAGAGUUGGAGACAUCGGGGGGGGGGCCAUCACACAAGACAAGCUGAGAUACCUGCUCCGUCUGUCUGACACAGGAGGGGGGGGAUGGUCACACAAUAUACAUGUAAACGGCAAAAAGGGUCUGUACAAGAUAAAACUUCACCUACCGUCUGGUCUGACUUGCAAACACUGCGUGCUUCAGUGGUGGUGGAAGACUGGGAAUAGCUGGGGAUGUGAGAUGGUAAACGGAAAGAAGAAAUGUGGAAUGGGAUAUGGAGCACAGGAGACRUUUGUUAACUGUGCUGAUAUACAGAUUAACAGACGAGGCUAACAAUCAUGGCUUCUUAUUUGAAACUGUUAAGAUUCAAUAAAAGCAUAGUUUGACAGUUUAUC